CAUCUUCGGCUCCAUGGCUGCGGGAUGGACUCUCUGCUGCUGCACCACCGGGGACGCUCUCCUCCGUCAAGUCUGCUACAAACCGGGGCUCGUGCGCGAAGUUCCACAUGGAGUAAUGGUAGAAUACAAUGUGAUGCAAACUUGUUUUGAGGGUUGCUAGGAUCCUCCUACAAAUACGCCAAGAACUGUAUAGGACCCUCAAUGUCUCUCACUCCCAGUAGGAAGCAGUCCUCUUGUCAGAGCAGGCGUUCUGUGGGGACCAGUGGUAGCAGAUAUACACAAAGUGAUGGCUCAAGUACAAACACUUACCCUGGUCGAGGGAGAGCAGUGGAGGGCAGCCCCACAGCCAGGACUCACCCAAGUACACCAAGGCGCCAGGCCAAGUAUGGACCCUGCAAUGAGAACCAUGGGAUCAGGGUUCCCACUCCAGAGCAGUACCUCACACCCUUACAGCAGAAGGAGGUGUGCAUACGCCACCUACGGGCCAGGCUCAGGGAGAACACCGAAAGAUUACAACACAGGGACUUUGAAAUAGAUGAUUUAAGGACCCAGUUGUACAGAAUGCAAGAGGAGUGGAUAGAAGGGGAAUGUCAUCGUGUGGAGGCACAGCUGGCUCUGAAAGAAGCACGCAGGGAAAUCCAACACCUUCAGGAAGUGGUUGAGACUGUGAGGUCCAACCUGGGGGUCCGGGCUGCAGAUCCCCACGACAAUAAGCCAUAUACCAUACAGGCAGCCCGGCCCGGGGGCAGAUCUCGCUCCUGUGGCUGCUCGCCUGCAAGUACUUUGAGCCGAAAUACCACUCACAAACGCAUGAGUACUGAAACUCUACAUCCAGACCCCAAUGGAGCAGCAAGACCAUCAGGACAAACCCACCUGCUCUUGGAAGCUGCCCUAUUAUCAGAGCACCUCCCAUCUCAAGGAGGACUCUUACAGACAUCUCCAAAUGUUCCUCACUCCUCCUCCUUUGACAGACUCUGCUGUGGUGGUGCGUUACUACCAUUGUCUCACUCCUGCCACAGCCUCAGUACAGCCUGUAGAUGCAAUGGACACAGCUACCUACCCCAUCACCACUUAUUUCUGCAUUUACCCCAAGAGGAGCCACCACUUACAGUAACAACUACCAUGUCUGACCCUAUCCCGACAUCUACUGCCCCCUCUGACAGAAAAACAGAGGUACGCUCUCAGGCCUGCAGCCCAACUAUGACUUGGCUCAAAGACAGCAGUGUAAUUGAAGAGAUCAGUGUAAUUUCUUUAUCAACAACAACCGAUCUGCCACCGUCAGAACCACCAACGCUACAACUGUCCUUACCUCGUGCAUCCCCCAUUCAGAAUUUAGACAGUGUAGACUCCUCAGCUCAUCAUAUUACAAAAGACCAGGCCAAAAACACUGUUACUACUGUUAGUACGCCCCAAAUGACUCAACCACACUCCACAAUUCAAAGUCCAGACAAACAUGAAAGCACAGAAGCAGACAAUAAGGAAGAAUCUGUACAAGAGGAUACGGAAAGGGUACCUCCUCAGCGUUACCAUUGGAGUCGCUACUUCCUGGUCGAUCUUCUAGCUUUAGCGAUGCCCGUGGUCCCGACUAUGGCAUGGCUGUGCAGGGGGGCCCCACGGGAUGAUAUGCCUGUAUAUCACAUAGGCUCCUUGCUCAGAGGUUGCUGUGCAGUGGCUCUUCAUUCUCUUCGACGGCAGGGUGCAGGUAGGGGAGGAGGAGGUGCUUCUAACAGUCUAAACGGGACAACGUAGGAACUGGAAUUGGGUAGUAAUGAGGUACAUGUACUCAGCUACAUGUACAUGAGUGACUUUUUUGAAGAAAUUGUACUUUUUUGCACAUCAUAAUACAAUUUACCUCUAAUUGAGUAAUGUUAUUUUUCAAGUAACAGUAAUUGAAAAAAUGAGUCAGUGCCAAAAGCUUCAUGCUGGCAAUAAGAGAGGAUUACUACUCUUAGUAGUAAUUCAA